AUGACAGUAAUAUGUGCCAGGCGCCUGUUGCUCUCCAUCCACCAAGCCGAUAACAAAGAAAUGCAGGACAAAACAUGUUUGCCGAGGAAGGAAGGUUUCUCGGCUAUGCUGCUAAUGUGGCUGCUGCUCUUCUCCUGGCUCCUGCCUCAGGCAGUGCACAGGACACGGAGGACCAAGUGCCUUUUGACCAGGCCCUUUGAGUUCCAAGAGGACUAUUACAGGCCAGGAGACCUCCUUGUCGGCGGGAUUUUGCCGCACCUCAGUACUGCAGCCAUCAAGGCCUACUUCAAAGAACCGCCCAGAACCAUCCCUGCUGCACGCCAGGUGCCCAAAAACUAUCAGCACAUCCUGGCCCUUGUAUUUGCUGUCAACGAAAUCAACAAGGAUCCGGCACUCCUCCCCAAUGUCACAGUGGGCUUCCGCAUUUUUGAGGACACCUACUUCGCAAGAGUGACCAGCCAGGCCUGCCUGUCAUUUCUCUCCGAGCAGGGUCUGACAGUCCCUAACUAUAGAUGCAGCAGAAAGGAAGAGCUGCUCUCCAUCAUCGGAAGUCUCUACCCCAGAAUCUCAAUGCAGAUGGCCUCCCUCUUGGGCCUCUUCAAGAUCCCGCAGCUUGGUUAUAGCUCGUUCAACCCUGUUUUGGGAGAAAGAACCACCUUUCCUUCCUUCCACCGGAUUGACCCCAGCGAACUCCCGCAGUAUUUCGGGAUAAUCCGCUUACUCCUUCAUUUCCACUGGAACUGGAUUGGGAUUGUUGCUCCAGACGACGACAGCGGGGAAAACUUCAUCCAGGCCUUGAUACCAAUGCUUGGGCAGGAGAACAUCGAGGGCCUGACAGCCUCCGUAUUUGAAAUGAGCAUGACUGGAAACAGCUAUAAUGUCUACAACGCCGUCUAUUCCAUAGCGCAUGCGCUGCAUGCCGUGUACGCAUUUGGAUCCAGACGGGCAAUGAUGGGGAAAAGCAAGAGGCUUCCUGAUGUCCAGCCAUGGCAGCACGCAGACAGCCCUCGGGACUCUUGUCUUCUUCGGGGACCUGCUCCUACCCCACCGGUUUCGGGGGGGUUCUUUGCUAGUCGCUCCGCUGUUUUCACUCGCUUGAUGCCGGGGCCCUUGUCUUCUCCUCGUGGUUCUGUGCCGGCCCGCCCGCCUUUCUCCGCCUGUCUUCGCUUAUCGGUCAGCGUCGCCGCCGCCGCCGGUUUCGCCUCCGCUGCAGCUGGUCUCGCCGCCCAAUUCUUGCGCCUCGUCCUCCCCGGGGGCCCACGCCACCGCUCUUACUCGCGCCGUCAGGGGAUCCACGCCUCUUUGAGGAACACCCAGUUCAACAAUAGUGCAGGAGAGGAAGUGGUUUUUACUGAAAACGACAAGCCAUCAGCUGUCUAUGAUAUCCUGAACCUGAUCUUCUUCCCGAAUCAAUCUUCAGCUCAAGUGAAAGUUGGAAGGGUGGACCCUCAAGCUCCCCUAGGCCAAGAUUUCAUCAUUAAUGCCGACACGAUUGUUUGGCCUACCCAGAAGCAGCCCUCUUCCAGGUGUGUGGAGAGCUGCUCCCCAGGUUCCAGCAGAGCAGUUCGAGAAGGGAAGCCGGUUUGCUGUUAUGAAUGCAUCCGUUGUGCAGAAGGGGCGAUUUCUAACUAUACAGAUGCUGAUCGCUGUGUCCCAUGCCCAGAAGAUCAAUACCCGAACAAGGACCAAAACAGAUGUAUCUUAAAGAUCAUAAAUUUCCUCUCCUAUGAAGAGAUGUUGGGGGUAGUUUUAGCUUAUCUUGCUCUUUUACUGAUUCUGAUCACAGCUCUCGUCCUAGCGACGAUCAUUAAACAUCGAGACACGCCGAUCGUCAAAGCCAACAACCGAGAGCUCACCUACAUCCUCCUCAUCUCCCUCCUGCUCUGCUUCCUUUGUUCCUUUCUAUUCAUUGGUCAACCCGACAGGGUCGUUUGCCUUCUCCGACAAACCACAUUCAGCAUAGUCUUUUGCACCGCCAUUUCUUCCGUCUUGGCGAAAACAGUCACAGUUGUUCUGGCCUUUAUGGCUACCAAACCAGGAAACAUGGGAAGAAAACUGUUGGGGAAGCAACGGGUCAAUUCCAUUGUCUUGGCUUGUCCCCUCCUCCAAGCUGUCAUCUGUGCCAUUUGGCUAGGAACCUCUCCCCCAUUCCCCAACUUGGACUUCCAUUCCUUGGCCAAAGAGAUCAUAAUGGAAUGUAAUGAAGGGUCAGUCAUCAUGUUUUACAUAGUUCUGGGUUACAUGGGAUUUCUGGCCCUGGUCAGCUUCAUGGUGGCUUUCCUAGCCAGGAAACUACCUGACAGCUUUAAUGAAGCCAAAUUUAUCACCUUCAGCAUGCUGGUCUUCUGCAGCGUGUGGAUCUCCUUCGUGCCCACCUACCUGAGCACUCAAGGGAAGUCCAUUGUGGCUGUGGAGGUCUUCUCCAUCUUGGCUUCUGGGGCUGGUCUCCUGGGUUGCAUCUUUCUUCCCAAAUGCUUCAUUAUUGUCCUGAGGCCUGAUCUCAAUACCAAAGAUCAUCUCAUAAGAACAAAGCCAAAAUAA